GAUCUUAAAAAAAUAUAUAUAUAGAAUAUAUUGAAAUGAUUCUUUUUAUCUUGUGUAAUAACCAUGUUAUAUAAGAAUUGUUAAAAGAGAAAAUAAAUAAAUAAAUUGAAACGAGAAAUGUACGAAUAAAUUAAAGGUAAAAUAAAAUUAUAUAUAAGCGCGCAACAAUAAUAGUAGUAUCACUUAAUUCAAGAUAUUCCAUUUGCCUAAGAUCAAAUCACGGCUGUCAUUAAACGUGCAAGAUGCUUGACCAAAAAAUUAUCUCCCUAGAUUGCUUUCAGCUUAAAUCAAACAUUAUUGGACAUCUUAUUGUUAUUUAAAUGAAAGAAUUUUAUAAUUAAAAAUAUUAACGGAAAUCAGAAACCUUUAUACCUUCAUAAUAUAAUAUAUUCCUUUAAAAAAAAAUGAAUAGAGACAUAAUAUAUUCCAACAUUUUACGAUUAUUAAGGAUAUUGAUUAGUUUUAUUUAAUUAAUUUAUGUUUUUCUUAAUUGUCUUUGUUCCUCAGCAUGGGAAGUGCACGUGCAAUCUGUUAGCUUCCUUGGACCUGCUACGAAAUAGCAACAUGCUGGUGGCAGAUACUGUAAAUUCUUCCAAUCUAAAGGGCCAUUUAACUAACAGAAAUUCAUAAAAGGCAGUCGAGCAUAUGUGAAUUUUCAUCAGACAUAUCCUUUUUCCUCUCUUUUUUUCAAAGUAUAUGAAAAUGAAGAAAAUGGGAAUACUGAAUAUAGUGCUGCUCUUUGCCACCAUAAAUGUUGCUUUAUCUGUACAAGACGGAUUAUUGCCUAAUGGAAACUUCGAGCAAGGUCCAAAAGCAUCACAAAUGAAGGGCACAAAAGUGACAGACCCACACGCAAUACCUCACUGGGAAAUAUCAGGCUAUGUAGAAUACAUUAGAUCAGGACAAACACAAGGUGAUAUGUUGCUUCCCGUGCCUGAAGGAGCUUUCGCUGUUAGGCUUGGGGAAGACGCCUCCAUCAAGACCAGAGUCACGAAUGUCACUAGUGGGUCUUUCUACUCUCUGUCUUUCAACUUUGCUAGGACUUGUGCUCAAGAAGAGAAACUCAAUGUGUCGGUGUCGCCUAACACUGAACCUAAUGACUGGGGAAUGCUUCCUAUGCAGACUAUGUAUAGUAGUGAUGGUUGGGACUCCUAUUCAUGGGGUUUCUUGGCUCAAGCUAAUGAGAUUGAAAUCACUUUACACAAUCCAGCAGUUGAGAAGGACCCAGCUUGUGGCCCACUCAUUGAUUUCAUCGCUCUCAAAGCUCUAAAAAACCCACAUAGACAAAGAGGCAACAUGUUGAAGAACGGAAACUUUGAAGAGGGUCCAUAUAUCUUCCCCAACACAAGCUGGGGUGUUCUAAUUCCUCCAAACAUCGAGGAUGAUCACUCACCUUUGCCUGGAUGGAUGAUUGAAUCUCUCAAGGCAGUAAAAUACAUUGAUGCUGAACACUUCACCGUGCCAGAGGGCAAACGCGCCAUCGAGCUUGUGGCUGGAAGAGAAAGCGCAAUAGCACAAAUAGUGAGGACUCAAAAGGGAAAAGUGUAUGACCUUAUGUUCUCAGUUGGAGAUGCAAGCAAUUCCUGCCAAGGGUCUAUGCUUAUAGAGGCAUUUGCUGGAAAGAUCACUUUGCGAGUCCCCUAUGAAUCUGCAGGUAAAGGAGGAUUCAAACGGGCCAAGCUUCGGUUCACCGCAGUAACUGAGCGCACCAGAGUCAGGUUCUUGAGCACAUACUACCACAUGAAGAAUGAUCAUUCUGGCUCCUUGUGUGGUCCUGUGGUUGAUGAUAUGAGAUUAGUUGGGGUUCGCCAUCCAUAAAUUACAUAGAUCAAUUAAUUACUAGUAAUAUAGAAGCUUUGAUGGUUAUUACUUAAUUUGCAUCACCUUUUCUUUUCUUCUUACAGCAUUGCUUAUGCGAGGGAAUCAGUUAUUAUUCCAUGUAAUGUUUGCUAUAGCAGAGAUGAUCCUUUCUCCA